AACAACAAUUAGCUCAACAGCAAUUAGCUGAACAAGAACAACAAUUAGCUCAACAGCAAUUAUCUGAACAACAAUUAGCUCAACAGCAAUUAGCUGAACAACAAUUAGCUCAACAAAAAUUAGCUGAACAACAUCAAACAGUCGAGCUGGAAAGAUUUGAACAACAACAAAAAGAAAUACUCGAAGAUAUUCAGGGACAUCAAAUAGAUCAAAUGACGCCACAACAACGCGAAAAGCAAGCAAAAGAGUAUAAUAAAAUUAACGAACAAUACCAAAUACUUGAAGAUAUCCAGAAAGACCAAUCAAAUCAAUCUAGGGAUGCGCCUGAUUUAAAAAAUAAGGUGCGGGAUUAUGAGAUCGAGAAUCGGAAUUUGAAGACUAAGUUGCAAGAUUUAGAGAAACAAUCAAAUUAUUAUAUUGAUAAUUUGAUCAUGCAACACAAUGAAGAGAUUCAGAGCUUGAAUGAUAAAUAUAUGCAUUAUUAUAAUUCGUCUAAUAAAUAUAAGAACGAUUGUACGAAUCUCUGGAAGCAAAAUGAGCAAUAUAAAAGAACAAACGACGGUCUAUUUAGGGAAUUAGACAAUAUCAAAAACGUUAAUGAGAAAUUGCAAAAAGAAGCAGCAGAGUAUCAAUCUAAAUUGGGUGAUGCCAGGAAUUAUCGUUUGGGUGAUGAUGAUCGUAAUAAUAGUACUCGGCUUACGCAAGAUAUUGAUGAGUUACAAAAUAAUAUUAACACCUAUGCCAGAGUAAAAAAGGGGGUGGAACUAAAUAUGGAGAUGGCAAGACGCAGUUUAUUAGAAUUUGGGUGUUCCCUGGAAUUCCCAACAAGUAAUGACGAAAUAGAGGAUAACAAGAUGUUGAUAAAAGCCCUUCUUCAACGGGUAGUACUUAAAACCAUAAUGGACAAGAUGAAUGAAUAUCUUAAUGGACCCAUCAAUAUUGACAUUGAUGGAGCUAUCAAUAUUGACAUUGAACCCUUGCGAGAAUUUGAUAUUUUUAGAAAAUCAUUAGAAUUGAUAAAGAGUACAGCAGAUUUUACGGGUUCCAGAGUCGGAAAAGACGAGGUCUCCCAUGUCACACCAACAAAAAUACGUCAACAGGUCUUCGCACUACUUGGAGAUCGAGGUUUCUCUGAUAUUCAAUCAAAAAAUGGAAUAGUCGAACAUCCUUUUAUUACAACUAUAGCAAAAAUCUUGGAUCAGCAAAUUAAUAAAUAUCGGACUUUUAAAAAUGAGGAGAAGAAGAAAGAAUAUGAUGAAUUGGCACCUAAUAUCAUUCGUGAAGUUAUUAAGAUCUUUUACUUUAGAUGUAAGGUGCAAGAGCCUGAAGCUGAAUUUGAGUGGAUCCAAAAAGGUGAAAGAAUUGAUCCAACUAUAAUGCAUGGAUUUUGGGAUGAUCAAAUAGACCAGUGGUCAGUGGAUCUUUGUUACUUUCCUUUGAUUGGUAUUAAUUUGAAAAAUGAAAAACAUCGUAAAGUCCUUUACGCUGCAAGAGUUUUGGCGGUUAAAGAGAAAGAAAAGAAAGGUUUUAUGAAAACUACAACAGCAAUGUUUAGUAAAGUCACCAGGGCCAUAAGUUCACCAUUUAAUGAAGUUAAGGUUGUAAAAUCUGAUGAUAGAGGUUAUCAACCUGAUGAUGGAAGGUAUCAAUCUAACGAUGGAGGGUAUCAAUAUGACGAUGGAAGGUAUCAAUCUAACGAUGGAAGGUAUCAAUCUAACGAUGGAAGGUAUCAAUCUAACGAUGGAAGGUAUCAACCUGAUGAUGGAAGGUAUCAAUCUAACGAUGGAAGGUAUCAGACUCAUGACAAUGUACAUCAAUUCGAAAAUAAGAGGUAUCAGUCCGAUGAUAGCAGAAACCAAUCUGAUGAUAGGAGAAUUCAAUCUGAUGAUAGGAGAAACCAGUCUGAUAACAGGCAUACCGGAGCGAAGAAUCAAGAUGUACCACAAGUUAAACAUAGUAACAGCAAAGUUGUAUAUGAUAUUAUCAAUAAGGGAAAUCCGCUUAGUAUAGUUCAUUCAGAAAAGUCAAGUAAUUAUACAAAAAAUUUUAGCACGCCAGAAAGAUCCAACAGUAUUCCGAGUAGUCCUAUUAAUAGUAUUAAUUCUAGGAAGUCAUCUUUGGAUAACACACAAAUAGGUCGUGGUCAAAAUGAUGCUUCUUAUCACAAUAGUGAUUCUCUGAAAAAGGAACCUGAAAAUUGUGGCACCAACAACGAAUCCAAGAGACAUGCCCGUGAAGUCAAGUUUUCAGAAAAUGAUACAAAUGCUGGUCGAUUCAAUG